UUAAUCAGUCACCACCUUGAUCAUAUAUAUAUUGAUGUAAAGGCAUUUCCUUUUCGGCAAUAUGGGUCAACCAAGAACUCAUUCACAGGGAAAUAUACCCUUCUCAUGGGAAAGAAAACCUGGUGUGCCCAAGGUAACUACUGCUGAAAGUUUCCGAAGAGAGCACAAGUUUGUGCACAAGCUACAACCCCCUCCGUACACAAGUAAUUUCCAAAGAAAUUCUGUUGAUGUUUUCCAAAUUCCACUUCCUCCUUGUGCUUUUCAGCCUCCUAAUUAUGAAACUUUUUCGAAGAUGCAAGACGGUGAUCCAUUCUUUGCAGCUUAUAAAAAAUGCACCAAGAGUACGAAAAGUGUUGACAGGAACAGCAAGUUACAAAUUAACACUAGCAUGGAGACGACUCAAACGAGGUUAAGGAAUAGCAUUAGCAUGUCAUUCAUCUCUUGUAAGCGAUCCUGCGCCGUUCGUGACAACAAUUUGGUCAGAGUCUCUCGCUUGCCGCAAAACGUAGAUGAAGAAUCCGAUUAUUGUAUUAUCAUUUAACCAAGGGUCUAGCUUUGUUCAUUUAGCAUAGUGUAAGAGUGUUGUGCUUCUUCUCCUCCUACUU